CGCGCACGCAACCGAAGCCAGCCUUCCAGCGAGUCAGGAAGCACGCGCCGCAACCUGACAGCACUCGACAAGCGGCAGCCAACGGACGAGCCCACUCGCCAUGGCGCCCACGCCUCCUCCGGCCGCCGCCGCCGCCGCUGUCAAGGGCGGGGCGCACAUCGUGUUCGUGUACGGGAGCCUGAUGGCGGACGAGGUGGUGCGCGCCAUCCUCAAGCGCGUCCCUCCCGCCGCCCCGGCCCUCCUCCCCAACUACCACCGGUUCAACAUCAAGGACCGAAUUUAUCCAGCGAUCCUGCCAGUCGAAAACAAGAAAGUGGCUGGAAGGGUUAUCAUGGGUGUUACUGACGAAGAACUCCAAGUUCUGGAUGCAUUUGAAGAUGUGGAGUACACAAGGAGAAGAGUUGAAAUAUCAUUAACCGAUUCGUUGGAGACAAUGCUGGCUGACACUUAUGUAUGGAGCGAUGCAGAGGAUCCAAAUCUUUAUGGCGAAUGGGAUUUUGAGGAGUGGACGAAACUGCAUAUGAAGGAUUUCCUCGCGAUGACAAAUGGUUUCAUGCAUGGACUCGAACAGCCUGAAUCGAAGACUCGGGUCGGGACCUACCAGUCAUUCAUGCAACAACAGUAAUUGGAGACCCAGGUUGAGGGUUGAAACCUGCUGAUCUGCCGGUCAUUCUCCGGGAAGAAUUGUAUUUGUAGUUGGCUUUGUUCUGUAAUAAGUCACCUAUAUGAUCUGUGAAUAAGAUCUUAAGGAUCGUCCGAUAAUAAUUACAUAUCAAAUAAAAUUUGCUCCGAGAGAUUUCUGUU